AUUACGACUACUACUAUAAUAAUAACUAAAUUGAGCCUGCAGAGGAAAAAGAAAGGAAAAAAGUAAUACAAGAACGCACAAUACCGUAUACCCAAAAAGGAAAAAAUUGAGGUGACACUUAGUAGGAGAUUCUAUAGUGUGUUUCUUCACCUAAAAAAUUUCGAAUUUCCUGCCUUGAUAAAAUGGAGUUUUUAUUUGGCUCUCGUUCGAGUAAAACCUUUAAGCCAAAAAAGAAUAUUCCGGAAGGCACGCAUCAAUAUGAUCUCAUGAAACACGCUGCAGCUACGCUCGGCUCUGGUAAUUUACGUAAUGCUGUUGCAUUGCCAGAUGGCGAAGAUCUCAACGAAUGGGUAGCUGUAAACACCGUUGAUUUUUUCAAUCAAAUCAAUAUGUUGUACGGAACAAUAACCGAAUUUUGUACCGAGGAAAGUUGUGGUAUUAUGUCGGCAGGUCCCAAAUAUGAAUACCAUUGGGCCGAUGGCUUAACAGUGAAAAAACCCAUUAAAUGCAGUGCUCCAAAGUAUAUAGAUUAUCUUAUGACUUGGGUUCAAGAUCAAUUAGACGAUGAAACGUUGUUUCCGUCAAAAAUUGGUAUACCAUUUCCAAAGAAUUUUUUAAAUAUAGCGAAGACCAUAUUGAAACGUUUGUUUCGCGUUUACGCUCACAUCUAUCAUCAGCAUUUCUCCGAAGUUGUUAGACUAGGAGAAGAAGCGCAUUUGAAUACAUCGUUUAAACAUUUCAUAUUCUUUGUGCAAGAAUUCAAUUUAAUAGACCGCCGAGAAUUGGCUCCUUUACAAGAACUCAUCGAUAAACUGACUGCCAAAGAUGAAAGGCAAAUGUAGGAUUUAAUACAUGUGGGUGCUUUGCAUGCGGAGUUUUGAGUUUAAGAGAUUUUUCGAUUUAGUUUACUUAAUGCAACAAUAGUU